AUGCUAGAUCACCCUGCAACAAUAAAAAGAAGAUGUAUCAGUGUGUUGCUGUUCUCCUCUUUAGCUCCUGGAUUUGUGUGGUAUUUCAGCACUCCAACUGAAACACUGGGUCACAGCCUCAUGACGUGGCUAGGAGUAAGAUUCUCAGGAACCAUCAUGGCAGCUGUUUUACCACUGUUUCUGACUAUUGUUUUGUUUCUAGGUCCACUAACACUGUUCUAUUUGGAUGGGGUGCUUAAAUUGUAUUUAGAACCCAAGUACUGGCAAGCUAAUAUGAAGAACUUAAUAUGGUUAAGAAAUCAUGUUGUGGCCCCAUUUUCAGAAGAGUUCAUAUUCAGAGCCUGUAUGAUCCCUUUACUCAUCCCUUCUGUCGGUGCUGGCACUGCAGUGUUUCUGGCUCCUCUAUUUUUUGGGGUUGCACAUUUUCACCACAUGGUGGAGAGAGUUAGAAACAAGCAUGCUGACCUUAAAACAGCUUUUCUCCAGUCAUUGUUUCAGUUUUCUUACACAACAGUA